UACUCGUCACGUAGUCUUCUAAGUUUGUAAACUCUUAAUCUCUUUUUUGUCCACUGUAGGAAAGAGAGACAUUUGUCCUCCCGUCUAGAAAGCUGCAGCUCAAACAUUGGAUGUUGGGGACCCGGAAAAGAGUGUCCAGUGAUGGUACCACCACAAUAACCAAACAACCGUCUGCUCAACUUAGUCCGGCAGAAAAUGGCGGUAACAACACAGAGCUUGAAACUGGACUGGAAUCAAUAGAGGAUCUUGACCGGAUUAUUCUAAGUCAAGAAAUAACUGCUUGUGGAUUGGUUUGUCCAUGUUGUAUUGGCCGAGGUGCUUACACUGUACAUAAUGGAAACGAAACCGAGGAAUUCUUAUUUGAAAUCAGAGAAGCCUUUGUCUGCUUAUACCGCUCGUGUCUUGGAUCUGGGAGAGAUCUAACUACACGUAUGCAGGAUGCCAGCGACAAUGACGUAGGAAGAUUUCUUAGAGAGGUGGCCAUUAGGGGCUGCUGUAUUUGCUCCUGUGACACCCCAGAACUUAUUGUAAAACACCCGCCUCGUUCACUUCUAGGAGUUGUCAGAGAAAGACGAACAUGCUGUAAACCGAGUUUUGAGAUUGUAGAUAGUACAGGAGAAAUUCUGUUUACUUUCUUAAAUGACUGCUGCUAUUUCCAGUACUGCGGUUGGUGCAAGGACGCCACAGUGUAUAUCAAAGAUAGGGAUGACGAAACUGUCGCUAAACUUGUUAAGAAAUCAUUCCACAAUUCGAAAGAGUUGAUAGGACUUGAAAAUAAAAUUCACAUUGAAUUUCUGAAGAAGAUUAAGGCGCAAGAAAAGUUAUUAGUUAUUGGAGCGGCCAUGUUGUUGAGUCUUAAUAAUUUUGAAGACAGCAAGCGGUAUUGUUGUUAACAAGCAAAACUUUCUGCGUAUACAGCCAAAAUCGACGCAUUUAUACUUAACGUUUAGUUUAUGUGCUGUGUAAAAGAUUUUUUUCUAUAAAAUGAUAUUUGUCAAUGAGAUUUGAAAUGCUUUCUGUAAGACGAGCGUUAGAGAUUUUUUGCAGUGAUUUGCUGUUGAGCAGUUGUUAUAUAAAUAGCAUUAUUUCAUUCAAAAUAAAACCUGUUUGUUACAGCUUACCCAUA